UAGACUUAGAGGACCCAAAAUAAAAGUAUUGCUUGGGAGAUUAUGGAUUUUCUUCUAGAGCAAAAAGAUUUCCAUAUUGGAUUACAAAUGAAUAUAUUUCCAGCAAGAAAAAAGAAGGUGGUCGGUCAUCAUUAGGUCAUAGACUUCUGUAUUUAGUCUUCUCAAUUACCAACCCAUAUCUUUCUCAAUAAAUUGCUUCAACCUUAAGCUUUAGAGAGACAGUUUAGGAUCAUCAAAACUAUGGCUUUCAUCAGAAAUACCAUCACAUUGAAAAGCUUGUUACCCAGUUGUUUCAAGGCCAAGAACCCACUCUCUGAGCCAAAACUUCCAGUUUCCAAGCACAGUUCUUUCCGCAGGUUGUCGAUGUCCGAUUUAAGCAACUCCUCCUUCUCGGUCGUGAGUGAUCUAUCAAUGUCUCUUGUUGGAUCAAAUCUCCAUGUUUUUACUCUGCAGGAGCUCAAAGUUAUUACGCAGAACCUCUCAAAGAGUAAUUAUCUUGGUGAAGGUGGGUUUGGUCCGGUAUAUAAGGGGUUCAUUGAUGACAAGCUUAGGCCUUGUUUGGAAGCUCAGCCUGUGGCUGUCAAGGUAUUGGACUUGAAUGGCAAACAAGGCCACAGGGAGUGGCUGGCUGAAGUUAUAUAUCUUGGGCAAUUAAGGCACUCCCAUCUUGUGAACUUGAUCGGAUACUGCUGCGAGGACGAGCACCGGCUACUUGUGUACGAAUACAUGGAGCGUGGCAACUUAGAAAACCAACUAUUUAGAGGUUAUUCUGCAACCUUGCCCUGGUUAACAAGAAUAAAAAUUGCAAUUGGAGCAGCAAAAGGCCUUGCUUUUCUCCACGAAGAAGAAAAACCAGUCAUAUAUCGAGAUUUUAAAGCUUCCAACAUCUUAUUAGACUCUGAUUACAAUGCUAAGCUCUCUGAUUUUGGGCUUGCCACGGAUGGACCAGAAGGGGAUGACACUCAUGUCACAACUCGUGUCAUGGGCACCGAAGGCUAUGCAGCUCCUGAAUACAUCAUGACAGGUCAUCUGACGACUAUGAGCGAUGUAUUUAGCUAUGGAGUAGUCCUUUUAGAGCUACUAACGGGCAGAAGAUCCGUGGACAAGAACCGUCCGAGUAGAGAGCAGAAUUUGGUAGACUGGGCAAGGCCUCUUCUGAAGGAUCCCCACAAACUUGACAGAAUAAUAGACCCCAGGCUUGAAGGGCAGUACUCGAUGGAAGGGACUAAAAAGGUAGCCAUAUUGGCUUACCAAUGCCUGAGCCAGCACCCAAAGUCAAGACCCACAAUGAGCCAUGUGGUGAAGACCUUAGAGCCUCUGUUGGACCUGAAAGAUAUCCCCAUUGGACCCUUCGUUUACACUGUACCAAAUGAAUCAAACAGUGAAAGUAGCAUGGCAGGAGAUCAUCAAGAGAAAGAAAAGAAAGAGAAGGGCCGUCAGCAGCACGGCAAAGGUCGUAGUUAUAGACGUCGGAUCAAGUCACUGAGGUCUCGUGCUGUCUAUUCUGAUACGGCUUUGUAUAAGACUCUUGGGACUAGUUUGUACUCUCUCAAACUAGAACCAUUAAUUGGGCCAAAGGGGGGCAUAGUUAGCAACUCAUAAACAUAUAUACUGUGUACACAUGAAAGCAAAUUAUAUUACUUUUGUGUUUGAUAUUUUUUCAUUGUGAAUGGUGGGAAUUGUAGGAGUUUCAGUGAAAUAAAUAAAUUUGACCAAUGCUCAAUUUCCAAA